UAACCAUACAUUGACGUUUUUUAACAGUUGUUUAACUAAAGGACGAAUUUAGGAAACAACUACUAACCAACCCCUUAAAAACUUGCACUAAGGCACUUGUGCACCAUAUCGCAUUAACAGUAACUGAAUAGCCUACACGACACAUAAGCGUUGGUAUAAAUAGACUGGUUAUCCCUCGCUGUUUUAGCGUUUGUGGUGAUUUACUAAUCAGCAUAAUCAACUUUUCAUUGAACUGUCUCAAAGAAUUGAAAUGUUCUUCGAAAUAAAUGUAUAAUGUCCGUCUAAUAACACUGAAAAAGCGAACGGAAAUUUAAUCACAACAAAUGUUAUCAGUGGUUAACAGCCUUCGUUUGGUUUUCUUCAAAGUCAUGUAAACAAAUAAAAGGACCAAAUUAAAAGAUAAAGUAAUAUCUAAAGCGACCUUGUUAACAGACACGUGCAUAAAUGAUGUAGUAUUAAAUUCGAACGGGAUAAUUUGGUAAUGGGUGAUUUUGUAAAUUGAUCUUCAGUAUCUCAAGUAACAAACGAAGAUCAAACUUUAGUUUGGGCCGUUUUGGCAACUAUUCCCUAUUUAGUGAGAGACACCUUAUACCCUGAGGCCCAGGCAUCGAAGAACGAUUUUAGCGAAACGUAAAAACGGCGAAAAAAUGCCGAUUUUAAAUCUUUUCUGACAUUUCAGUGCAUUUGUAGUUAUUGUAGUUCAAUCUACAUUGAGUUAAAAUGGGUAGUCGGGCUUGGUUAGGUUUCUUGGUUAUUGUGACGUUUAUCCACGUCACACACGGUUUGUUCUGCGUGACUUGUACGAAUGCUAAGAAUCACAGCGAAUGCGACAGAAUCGGAAAAAUACAAAAAUGUCAAAAGAACGAGAAAUCGUGUAUGAUCGAAGUUCGAUGGAUAUCAAACCAAGGACGCAAACUUGUUUCAAAAGGUUGUAAACAGAUCAACGCGUGUAAGAACAACCUUGAUUUGAAAGCGUGUAUUGAAGAACGACCGAAUUCUCAAUGUUAUUGUUGUUGCGAAACUAAUAUUUGUAACCGAGGUGAUUCAAGGUGCUUCCCCGAAGGCGAUCCCAGGUUGGCUGAACUAAACGGAAACAUUUCUCCGAGCAAUCCCAACGUAAGACAUGACCCUGCCUCUGGUGCAUGCCCGACGCUCCGGACAGUUAGAUUCGGAACAGUAAGAUGCUCCUCAUCAAACAGAAGAGGAUCACGAUGUACUUUCACGUGUCGAAGGAAUUAUUUUUCAAACGCUGAGCAGAUGACGCUUACAUGUCGUAGCAAUGGUUGGUCAAGCAACGUACCUGUAUGUCAACCAAUGGGUUGCACUUAUCGUAGGUUACCACACGGAUAUUCGUUUUGCUCAAGGGGGCGAUUCCACCAAAGUGUGUGCAGACACUAUUGUAGAAGAGGUUACACACGUGUUGGAAGUUUUACAUCAACGUGUUCGUUUAAUCAACAAACAUAUACUGGACGUUGGAGUACGGGUUUACCAGUUUGUCAAGCAGGCAGAAGGCCUAACAGACCACGUAACUGUCCGGCUAUCGCCAACUUACAGAACGGAAGAACGAUUUGUUCUCGUCAGUUCCAACCCAGGAGUCUGUGUCGGUUUAGUUGCAAUUCUAAUUACCACUUGGUUGGUUCGCAGAGAAUAUAUUGCCAACAAAUAUCUCUUCAAAUGUCAAGAUGGUCGAGUAGAAAACCAACUUGUCGAGUAAUCAACAAACGAUGCCCCGCCACCCCAAGGUUGGCGAACGGUCGAUUGUCUUGUACACAGAGCAAUCGAUUGGGUUCAGUGUGUACGUUCAAUUGUGACCAACAUUAUGCUAAACGUGGAAUAAAUUAUAUUUCUUGUACCGAAGUUGGGCAGUUGGCUCAGUGGAGAGGCGGGGAAUUACCAACAUGUAGACCGAUAAACAGAUGCGAGACGGUAACCCUUACAAACGGUAUGUCAACAUGUAGCAUCGGUAAAGAGGUGGGAUCUGUAUGCGACUUAACUUGCGCUGAGGGUUACCGUAUACGCGGUGUCGACCAAAUUACUUGUACCGCUGACGGUUCGUGGUCAAGUACAACAACAAUUUGCACAGAGGUAUUAUGCUCGGUGAUACCACCUAGCGACAACAUAGAAAUAGCAUGCAGCAACGGGAGGUCUAUAGGAAGCGUGUGUUCAUUCGACUGUGACGAAGGCUAUUACAGGAUUGGUCAAGAUCAAACCAUGUGCUUGGUUCAAACUAGUAGCAGCGCUGAGUGGUCGGCAGCCGCCCCCACGUGUUUACCACCAACGACAUGUCCAGCGUUGGACGAAUUGCCCAACGGGUUGAUCGACUGUACGAAUUCUUCAAACGUUGGAUCUCACUGCGACUUCGUGUGUGGGGAAACUUAUGUAAUGGAUGGACCAAGUUCUACGGUGUGUGGCGAGGUUAGAUUCGGAUACGGACAGUGGUCGCACCCGUUACCAGUUUGCAAAGAAACCUGUUAUGUGUUGUCCGACAUGGGUAAUGUCAGAGCAUCUUGUCCAGUGAACAAAGUAGUUGGAUCUACUUGUACAUUCUCAUGUCCCCGGGACCACGAGUUGGUUGGUUUCGCAACUACAACUUGCACCAACAGUGAGAAUAAUGGGCCAGUUUGGGAUAAGCCGACCCCAACCUGCCAAUUGAUAAAGUGUCCGGAAUUAAGACCGUUCACACGUGGCAAUUACACAUGCACCAAUAGCAACAACGCAAGGUCCAGAUGUAGUUAUACAUGUGGAGAUGAUUAUAUACUUCGACCCAGCACGUCACAGACAAUUCGAUGUCAAUCAAACAAAAAUUGGACACAUGCCCCACCAUGUUGCGCUCGUCAAUGCCCUGCCUCUCCCAAGAUUGACAUAGUAAUGGUUCUCGACUCGUCGUCCUCAGUCACGGAACCUGGGUGGCGAAAAAUGAUCAACUUCGUUAAAACAGCGCUGGGUUUCUACGAGAUGGGACCAAACAGCACAAGUGUGUCAGUGUUUAGAUAUAACGCUGAGAUAGAUGAAGCAAACAAGAUAUCCUUCCAAUACACACAGACUUAUGGUAAAGAGCAAUUGCUUAGAAGGAUUGGCCGAUUGCCUUAUAAUGGACAAGGCACACGCACCGGACAAGCAUUAUCGUACGCUCUCCAUAUACUGACGAACGAAAUCAACCGACCAGAUGCGGUGGAUGUUGUGUUGGUGCUUACUGAUGGUAAAUCACAAGAUGCCGUUAAAGCACCAGCAGAGGCUCUGAGGCGUAACGGAGUUUUGACAUACGCGAUUGCUAUCCAGCCAGAAAGAGGUGUACUCAACAUGAACCAGUUAAACGACAUAGCUGGUACGCCGCAUAACCUGUUUCUUCUACGAAGUGGUUUCUCCAGUUUUACUGAAGACUUUGCUCGUGAAAUUCGCAACAGCGUUUGUCAUGACCAAGAUGUUUGUAUAUAAAAACAACACAACAAAGCCAUUUAACAAAUGUGAAAACGCUAUGUAAACACACAUGCCAAAGCUUGUCCACAACUUAAAUAAGCAUGAUUCAUGCUUGAUACAGUUUGCAGAUUUGCUUUAUUGUAUACGAUUUGUAUACUAUGAAACUGGGCUCUCGUUUUGCUUGCUGAAGCUUUUGUGUUUGAGACACCGAUUGCUUUCUGCUUAUUCUCUAUGUCACGUAAUAACUUACUGCUGCUUUAGAAUGCAAUAAAAUAUAACAAAG